GGAAGAGAACUGCACAAAUUAAAAAAAAAAAAAGGGAAGGGGCUGAGUUGCCAGAAGAACUCUCAGCCUCUAAAAUCUUAAAAAAAAAAAGAGAAAGUGGACACUUUAAGGACUCUUGAAGAGGAAGAUUGAAAGAGAGAAGAAAAGCGAACACGUAGAAGAAUUUGGUCCAUGCGAGAAACGAAGGACGGAGAAAGAAACGCGAUGCUCCAGAGUUUCUCUUCAACCUCUCCGUUUCGGUAUCAGUUUCCGAGCUGAUACUUCUUUUUGUUUUUGUUUUUCUCUUUUCAUUUUAGUUUCUUUUCUUUUCCUUUUUCGAUUUUUUUUUUGUUUGUGACAAUGUCCGGCGAGUCGGCGUCGUCUUCUGGAAUCGUCUUGGAAGGAAUUGAUGACGUGGAAGACUACGUUUGGGCGAAUGAAGGAGUGGGAUCAUUGCCAUGGGACCGAUAUAGUCUUGUUUAUGAUCAUGUGGGGAAUGGAAACCGAGCAUUCCGAGAGAAUCGUUUUGAGGAGGCAAUCAACAAUUACUCAAGGGCCAAUAACAUGAAACCUGGGGAUCCUGUUAUUCUUGGUAACAGAAGUGCUGCCUAUAUGAGGAUUAGUCAAUUUCUGAAACAUAGACCUUCUACAGCUUCUGAAUAUAGACCAUUGAAUGGGCUGGAUAUGACAACACUUGCUGAACUUGCUCUAAAGGAUGCUGAGAGGCUAAUGAGCUUGCAGAAUAAUGCAGUACGAUCCUACAUCUUGAAGGUCAAUGCUCUUAUUUUGUUGGAAAGAUAUGAGAUGGCGCGGGAUAUUAUUCUUUCUGGUCUUCAACUUGAUCCUUUCAGUGAUAUUCUCCGGGCUUCUCUUCAGAGCUUGGAAAGAAUGCCAUCCAGUUUGAUGCGGACUAGAGGCCAUGAGGGGCCUGAACGUACUGAUGACUUUGAUUGCACACUUUGUCUGAAGUUACUAUAUGAGCCUAUAACAACACCUUGUGGGCAUUCUUUCUGUCGCUCAUGUCUAUUUCAGACAAUGGAUCGUAGCAACAAAUGUCCAUUGUGCCGAACAGUGCUCUUCAUUAGCCCUAGAACAUGCGCAAUCAGUGUAACGCUAAACAACAUCAUACAAAAAAACUUCCCUGAAGAAUAUGCUGAAAGGAAGUCAGAGCAUGACAGUCUGAUCAAUUUUGGUAAUGAUCUGAUACCUCUUUUCGUCAUGGAUGUUGUCAUCCCUUGUCAGAGGUUUCCGCUCCACAUAUUUGAACCACGCUACAGACUUAUGGUGAGGAGAAUAAUGGAAGGGAAUCGCAGGAUGGGAAUGGUCAUCCGUGAUCCUGCUACAGAUUCGAUUGCUGAUUUUGCUUGUGAAGUGGAGAUCACUGAGUGUGAGCCUCUACCUGAUGGACGCUUUGUUCUGGAGAUUGAAAGUUGCCGGAGAUUUCGCAUCCGCAGAACUUGGGACCAAGAUGGAUAUCGAAUGGCAGAGGUUGAGUGGGUACAAGACAUUCCACCAAGAGAUGCAAGAGAUAGAGAAAAUUUGCAGCAGUUGACAAAUAAUGCGGCAGCAUAUGCUCGGUCAUGGUUAAGUUCGGCAAAAGAAGCAACAAGGGAUCGAAGAAGGCUCGAGGCACUCUGUAAAGUUGAAGUAAUGUUGCCCAAUACACAAGAUCCGGAGCGCUUCAGUUUCUGGCUUGCUACUCUGACAAAUCGGAGGCCUCCAGAAAGAUUGGAACUCCUGCGAAUCAGAGACACAAGUGAGAGGAUAAGACGGGGACUAAUAUACCUCAGAACAGAAGCACAAGGCUGUAGAGUACAAUGAUAAUACGAGUUGUAAUUUUUUACUUAUAUUUUCACAAUAUUCAACCUUAUUUUUAAAUCGAUUCAAUAUUCUUUGGAACACAUAAUAAAGAUUGUGGAUCCCUAUUUUUUUUUGUUGUA